AUGGCAACGCACGUCGUGACCUCAACCAUCACUCCCGCCCCUAACCAAAUCUCGGUGUACGGUCAGCCCUCUCCUACCAGCUCGACCACCACCACUCCGACCAACAACUCUCCCACCUCUCCUCGGCUGACCACCGCCGCCCUUCACCAACUCCCGUUGCAGUCCCGCCAGCUGCGCCCGCCCAAGGGUCCGCUGCAUCCCCGAUUACCCCCGCCGCGCAGCGUGCAUGGCUCGCUGGACAGUCUGAACGAAGACACUACCGAACCCAUUAGUCGUCGUUCGACCAUGGAGAGCAAGUCCAGCGGCGGAAUUAGUAAGGUGGCGGAGACCGAGUGGAUGAAGAAUGCGCACCUGGGCGAGGUGACGGGCCUCCCGACCCGCGACCACUGGAAGGCGGACUCGGCCUCUUCUAACUGCGAUUCGCCAACCUGCCGCUCUUCGUUCGGUCUCUUCCUUCGUCGUCAUCACUGUCGUCACUGCGGCCAUGUUUUCUGCUCCUCACACACCCCUCACAACGUUCCUCUCGACCAGGAUGCUCGCUUCCAUCCGGAGGGGGUCCCCUCGCGGGCCUGCGAUCUCUGCUGGAGCGCCUACCAGCGCUGGGAAGAGACCCGCACCGACCGCUUGAGCAAGAUUCAGAGCUCGAUUGAUGCCCGCCAGUCCGGGAAUGUGACGCAGUCCAACGACUCCAAUGCUCUCAACACGGCUGAUGCUUCCGAGCGUUCUCAUAUCCAGUCCAAUCUGGGCCAGUCCGCUGAUGUUGCUGCCAGCGUGCCGCGCGACUGGAAUUGGAGCACCUUCUAA